UAUUGUGGUAGUCCAGACCAGGUGGGGGAAAACAUUGGAAAAGUUAUAUUAGCGCGUUUUGUCGUCUGCUCAAUAUGUUAAACAUGUAAUUAAAGAACGGAAAACCUGAGAACUAAAAAGGCCAUAACGGGUCGAAAGAGAAAUUGUUCAGCUGAAGUAAAUCUGUCAGAUAAGAGAUUUUGGUAAAUACAGACACUUUUAUCGUCAACGGCUUUUCACUUAGGUGUUCUAUAUGUGUUAAGACAUUGAGAACUUUUAAAGCUAUCGGAUAAUCAGAAGUGGUUUAAAGAUAAUCUUACUGGUAAUUUAAAAGAUAACCCGGAGAUAAAUACUGUAUUCAUAGUCUACAUAACUAGAUUUGGAGAUGAUACAUGUAAGUGUUUGAAAGAAAUAAAUAAAAGAAAAUCAAUCACGGAUAGGUGACACAGUGGAUAACAGCGUGAGCAGUCCUAGAUUAUAGUUGAUUAAUUAAACAAAGUACGUUAUAUAAUCACAGUUCUAUAAUGAUUGAAGCAGAGGAAUGUUGGAUUAGUUCGGGACAUGCUUAAGGCUCUUACUGAGUCAUGCCACCAGGACUUGUAGGCUCGGAGUUGUCGGCAACACCAUCUCAGUAUUUAAAAUCAACAAUGGACGAGUCGUUAUUUCCGCCGAUUUCAAGAAAAAGUGCCAUUUCCCUAGGAAGCGAAACUGAUCCAAAUGAUUAUGUAAAUAGUUCUAGAAAGUCACAGACACGCGGUAGUGUCCCCGCAUCACUGGCUAGUACCCCGCUGAAAUUUCCAACAAUCGAUCGCGCCAAUUCGACAAGCAUCGCAAGCUUGCCUGGGUCAAGGUCAACACGUCAUCGGUCCAUGACUAGAGAACUUCGCUCGUCGUACUGUCGCUCACCGAGUUGUCCAUCAAAUCUUAACAUACGGAGGGAUUUCAAUAAUGUAGACACAAACAUUUUUAACAGGUAUGAAAAUGCAAAUGAAAGCGAUUCAAAUGAAUCAACGUAUAGAGAGGAAAAAGCAAACGUGCUACCAAGUAUAUUUUCAAAAGACUCUAGUCCGCGUGUUGACAAAUCAUCGCGUAGAGAUAAGAAAAAAGAUAGAACAAACUCGCUGUCUAUUCGGAGAACGGAGUCUUUCAUGCACCAAACUCAUCAAGUUGGUGAACAAUCUUUACCGAAUACAGGACGGGAAAUAGAACAACGUCAAGGGCAGGCGACAGCGUUGCUUUUACCUAUUCGCAAUACGACACAAACAAAUAAAAAGAAGAAGAAGCGCAGAGGUCGGGUCUCCUCUGAAUCGGAGACCGAUACGCCACGAAACAAUGACUCUGAAAAUAAUACAUCACGCAUUUGCUACAACAGAAAAAGUGAAGAUGCGUUAGAUGUUAUUGCGCGGGAAAAUGAACUUUAUGACGAUGACUUGGAUACACCAAGAGCAAUAGAAAUAUCAUCGUCAAGGAAAAUGAAACAAUGGAUAAGUAACAGCAAACAUUCUCGUUCCGAAAGUGAAAUAAAAGCAUAAGGGGAGAAGGUUGUAUGACAUGCGAUUUAUUUCUACGUGUUGCAUUUUAUAUUUUGACAAAAUGUGACUUGCACUCCAUAUUGACUGUGAAAAUAUAAGCGGCAUGUUGGUGCUAGAGUAGUGUAUGCAAAGGCAUUCACAAAAAAACUAACAUUUGUUUCAAAAAAGUGCUGUAAAGAUUUCGGCGGAUUGUGAAGUAUUCAUAUUUAUCAUUAUUUUAAAUAUAAAUGUAUAGUUGCCAUAUGUGUGUAUUUCCCUGUAAGGUUGACUUAACGACAGUUAUCUUUGUCUUUGAAGAUUUGAUCUGCGAACUGAACUGACACAAAAUGCUUCACAUAUGAGCAAAAUCAAUGUAGCUUUUACACUGUUAUGUAAUGUUGUAUUUUUAACAUUAUACAUGCAGUAACAUUUUUUUCGACUUCGAUAGCAUUUUAAACGUCAGUUAUGCAUUAAACUUUUUCCAUUGCGUCCAGGAUUCAAAACGAUAUAAAACUGAUGUCCCUAUGCAUGUCAUUUUAGUUAACAUUUUUGAAGUAAUGGAAUCGAUAUGGUUGAAUUGUAGAAAAUAACGUCAUUAUUGUUGUUUUGGGGGAACUUUCGUAUUCAGCAAGUUUUAUAAUUACACCAAGGUCGAACCAAUAACAAACAACCGGUCAAUGAUACAUCGAUAUAUCCGGUUCACUCGGGAUUGCCAUUGGUCAAACCGAUUUAGAAUGGGUAAUCUUUCUUUGGCAAAUGUCUUAACUAAUGUCUUUUACAGCAUAUUGUUCUUUAGAAUAAACAAAUUUUUAAACGAUCGGACAGUAUCAUAAAUAAGCAUUUUGCUGGCGUACGUUUCAAUUUAUUGACACAUAUUGAAUAAUUUAAAAGCUUUCUCCUGGCAUCGUUUUGUAAAACCGAAUUUGCAUGUACUUAUUGUACUUUAUUUCAACUUUCACACUUACCAAGAGCAAAAUUACAUAAAGCUUACAAUAAAUUUAAUCACGUAGAUCCUAGUCAAACCUUUGACAAUCAUCCAAAGAAAAUUAUUAUACAAAAAAAAUCUGACCUCAGACACGCAUAAGGGAUUUUUCAGUUUAGAAAGUGCAUUUUACUUGCAUACAGUAUAGCAUCACGAUUGUAUUAUGUUUAUUAUGCAUUGUGUUUUAUAGAAAUAUUGCAGUUAAAUGCUCUAUUUAAUUUUUAAUUUAACACGAAUCAGGCUCUUGUACUUAUUUAACUAUUCUACAAUAACGAUUAGGUGAAAGGUUAAUUCCUCGUUUUUGUUCCGUAAUAAAGAUUAACUAAAAUCUAUUUUAUCCGAUUAGAUUAAGAACUGUGUUUGAUAACAAUACCUUGUAAAGAAUUGUUAGUGAGUCAUACAUGUAUACCGUCGCUUAAUUUAUCAUUACGUAUAUCAUUACUUAUAUAAGAAAUACACAAUCAGAGAUGUCAACACAAGUACAAUCGUUAUAUACAAUCGGGGCUUUUUGCUGAAUAAGGAGGAAAAUAAAAAUUCAAUUCAGGAUUAUGAGGUAAAUAUUUAAUAUUCAUUAUGACAAAUUAUUUCUGGCCUGUUAUCAAGUAAAAAUGGUAACAAACAGAUUCCCAUUUCAGUGUCCUGUCUUAUUAACAAUUUAAAAAAUAGCUGUAAUUUUUAGCUCGACUAUUCGAUAAGAAUAAGUAGAGCUAUUGUAGUCACCCGAGCGUCGGCGUCCGCGUCGGCGUCGGCGUAACCACUUAUGUUAAAGUUUUUGUAAUAGUUCAAAUAUUUUCAAAGUCCAUUGACAUAUGGCUUUGAAACUUUGCACACUUGUUCACCAUCAUGACCCCAACCUGUAGACAGGAGGAGGUAACUCUAUCAAGCAUUUUGACAGAAUUAUGCCCCUUUUUCAACUUAGAAUUUAUGUUAAAGUUUUUGUAAUACCUCAAAUAUUUUCAAAGUCCAUUGACAUAUGGCUUUGAAACUUUCCACACUUGUUCACCAUUAUGACCCCAACCUGUAGACAGGAGGAGGUAACUGUAUCAAGCAUUUUGACAGAAUUAUGCCCCUUUUUCGACUUAGAAUUUACGUUAAAGUUUUUCAAAGUCCAUUGACAUAUGGCUUUGAAACUUUGUACACUUGUUCACCAUCAUGGCCCCAACCUGUAAACAGGAGUAGGUAACUGUAUCAAGCAUUAUUUUUUACUAUCAAGCACUAGAAUAGUCGAGCGUUGCUGUCCUACCGACAGCUCUUGUUUAAAAUAAAUUUUCCCGUAUUUGUAUUAAAGGACCAUGCAAGUCAAGGUACUGUUUUAAAUUAUUGACGAAUAUGUUUGAAAUUCAGGGACAAAUGAAUUAUUUAUUUUUGUCAUAGAAUGGUAGUAUCUUUUCCUAGAUGUUGAUGAGAGGUUUUUUUUAUCUGUCUUCAUAUAUAAUGUUUAAUAUAUUUUACCUUUUGUAUAUUUAGAUCAGUAUUGUUUAACAUAAAAUGACAAAUCUUAACAAAUUAUAGUAUUAUAUAAAACUAUUCGAGUGCAAUCUCUAAACUUUUACUAUUUAUUAUCUAUAUACAUUGUAUAUUUCAACAUCCGGGUAGUUCUAAUGAUUGUUAGGUUGUUGUAAUAUUGUACAUAUAUUAUCGAGAACAAAUUUCAUUUAAUGAGUUUGUAUCAUCAAAAUGUAUUUUGAUUGUUUGCAAUAAAAUGCCCAAUGUGACGUGUUUUUUCAAUGCAAAGUAAUCAUUAAUAAAUUGUUACACUUA